AUGCCCGCCUCGAAAGUGAACCAUGAUCGAUCGAAGAAAGUCGAGACUUUGGCAAACCUGUUCUACUCCAACCUGUGCAAGCCGGAGCACCUCGAACAGAUCAAAGAGACAGGGGCAUUGACUCCGACGUAUUCCAUGAGACAUCGGUGCACUAGAGAGAGAGUGAUGUGGGCAACUUCCCUAGACGGCCGCUGGUUCACGAAUGGGCUCGUGAAAAGUGCACUACAGCAUUUGCUGAAAACCCAUGCAGAUGUUGUCAUUCCUGCUGACACACCAGGGUUUUGCAUGGACCACUGGUUUACUACAUCGGCAGAGAAGCUGGCACAGCUACUGAAGCGUGCACGUCGCAGCACUGCUUCGUCCCCGGCCGGAGCCAUGGACAACCUCGAAACCCAAGCCUGGGAUAUGGAUGAAGCCCUCGACCCAGAUGCACAAGUGCCAAUGGUGACGAAGAGGUCCUCCGGUGAGCUGAGUGCUGCAGAUAUCCAGCCAUCCAAGCGCUUGCGCUUGCGAGAAAAGACGCCAAGCUACAUCUGCAUCCCCAAUGUUGAGGAGGUGGAGAAUGGGGCCCACGAUCAUGAUGGCUUCGAUGCUGAUGAAAGCGGGGACCUUCCUGCUGGUGCCCCUGAGGAGCAGGUCGAGGAGCACGCCGAGUGGCUUGAAGCGGCGGAUGAAGCCGCAAUGGAGGGCACUCAUGAUGAGCAUGCUGAGUGGCUUCAAGGGACUGAGGCCAAUGAGAAGGCCAUGGAAUGGCCUCAAGCGACGACUGAGGUCACUGAUGAGAAGGCCACGCCGGAGUGGCCUGAGGCGUCUACUGAGACGUGGCCUGAAGCGACGGCUGAGGCCUGGGCUGAAGAGACGACUGAGGCCGCCGAUGAUGUGCAGGCCGAGUGGGCUGAAGCGACGACUGAGGCCGCCGAUGAUGUGCAAGCCGAGUGGCCUGAGGCGACGACUGAGGCCGUCGAUGAUGUGCAAGCCAAGUGGCCUGAAGGGACGACUGAGGCCGCCGAUGAUGUGCAAGCCGAGUGGGCUGAAGCGGCGACCGAGGCCGUUGAUGAGCAGGCCACUGAGUGGCCUGAAGAGCAUGCCAACUGGCCCGGGGAGGGCUCUGUGGGGCCCACUGUGGGGCCUGAAAUGACGACGGAGGCUGGCAUGGAUGAGCCCUCUGAGUGGUGGGAUUCUGUGGCCGCUGAUGCACAGUGGCCUGAAGCGACUGGGGCUGUUGAUGAUAAGGCCACUGAGUGGCCCGAGCCGGCGAUUGAGACCGUUGAGUGGCCCGAACCUACAAGGGCUGCUGAUGAGCAGGCCGAUUGGCCUGAAGCAGCGGAUGGGGCCCACGAUGCGGGCAGUGAUAUGUGGCCGACGUGGCCAAAGGUCCCGAUCAUGAAUGUGACCCAGGACUACCCGAGCCAAGCCGACAAGGAUAGACUCGACAUCUUCUGGUCCAAAUACAAGAUUAAGAAGGAGCUAUUACAAUCAGACAUUUACAUGUCAUAUAGCUAG